CUUGGAUGCAGCUAUAAAGACACAGCUGUGUGCAGAAAGGUGAUCCUGCACUUAGUUUUCUUUUUUCUUUUAAUUCAGGUAUCGUCGGCACCAUGGCCAGAAAACACAAUUUCAUUUUUUUUACUGGAUUACUAACUUUACUUUCAGUGCAGUGGACUUUGUGUGUUAGAGAGGAGGAGCUCCAUGCUAGCUACUGGAACAACCAGGCGAGCCAGGCGAUUCACGAUGCCAUGAAUAUCCAGCCUAACAUGCACCAGGCUAAGAACCUCAUCCUCUUCCUGGGGGACGGUAUGGGGGUGCCGACGGUGACUGCUGCUCGUAUCCUCAAAGGCCAGUUGGCGGGAAAAUCCGGAGAGGAGACCAGUCUGGUUAUGGAUACCUUCCCGUACCUGGCGCUGUCUAAGACGUACAACGUGGACCAGCAGAUGCCAGACAGCGCUGCCACCGCAACAGCAUAUUUAGGCGGUGUGAAAGCCAACUAUGGCACCCUGGGUGUCUCUGCUGCGACACCAAGGUACAACUGUAGCUUGACCUUUGGGAAUGAAGUCAAAUCUGUUCUGCACCGUGCCAAGAACGCAGGAAAGUCAGUCGGAAUUGUCACUACAACCAGGGUGCAACACGCCUCUCCUGCUGCAAGUUACGCUCACUCUGCUGACAGAGACUGGUAUGAUGACUCUGACCUCACCCCUGAGGCUGUCCAAAAUGGCUGUCGGGACAUUGCUUACCAGCUGGUUCACAACACAGAGAUUAACGUCAUUCUUGGCGGAGGUCGUCAGUAUAUGUUUCCCAAAACCAAGACAGACCCAGAGUACCCAACAAGCAAAGGGGGUCGAAAUGAUGGACAGGAUCUUACUUUGGAGUGGCUUAAGAACAAACAGAACGCUAAAUAUGUUUGGAACAAAGCCGAAUUUGAUGCUGUCGAUCCUGCAAAAACAGACUUCUUGAUGGGUCUUUUUGAGCCCAAAGACUGCCGCUAUGAGCUGGAACGUGACCCAUCCAUGGACCCUUCCCUUACAGAGAUGACUGAGAAAGCAAUAAAGAUUCUGAGCAAGAACCCUAAAGGAUUUUUCCUCUUUGUUGAAGGGGGGAGAAUUGACCAUAGUCACCAUGGAGGACAGGCAAAAAAGGCACUCCAUGAAGCCGUGGAGUUUGAUCGGGCAAUCGGUCGAGCGGCUGAACUCACCAGUGACCUGGACACUCUGACUGUGGUCACUGCUGACCACUCCCACGUGUUUGCUUUUGGGGGAUAUUCUCCAAGAGGAAACCCCGUUCUAGGGGUGUCUAGUGGAAGGGGUAGUGACAACAAGCGCUUCACCACUGCUGUGUAUGGGAACGGACCAGGAUACCAGAUAGCCAAUGGAACUCGCCCAGAUGUGAAUGAAUCCAUUUCAACCGAUAAUAAUUACCGUCAGCAGGCCCCUGUCCCUCUUCCCUCAGAGACCCACGGCAUAGAUGACGUGGCCAUCUUUGCCAAAGGUCCCAUGUCGCACCUUUUCCAUGGGGUGCAGGAGCAGAACUACAUUGCACAUGUCAUGGCUUAUGCCGCCUGCGUAGAGCCGUACGAGAACUGCAAACUCCCCGAGUACAGCCACGCAGCAGUGACCCGCCCCAGCCUGCUGCUCCUUCUGAGCGGCCUUCUCCUCCGCUUCCUCUGGUCUGUCUGAGCCUUUGGAGAAUGUGUCCUGAAUUCCGGAUGAACUGUGUUAUCUGAGAUUUUGUUUAAACUUAAAUUAUUCUGUACACUGUAUAUUUGUUUUCUUUGCAAAACUUUGUCUUUUCCAGUAAUUUAUACUUGUUCAGAUAAUCUUGUGUAAAGACAUUACUGUGAGAAAACGGGACUAAAUUAAGCACAUGUGAGUGAGUUUAUGUGAUAAUAUGGUUGCAAUUAUUUUUGAAAUAUUUUGAAUAAAUAAGUGACUUCCCUCAUUUAAAAGCACUGUUUUUAUGUUUAAAGAUUAAAUACUCUUGCACGUCAGUAUGUCACUACUGAGGGAUUA